AUGUCGGAUAAACAGAAUGCAAGCACAAGUAUUAAAGUACUUGUCAGAGUGAGGCCAUUACUUGCGAGAGAGGUAGGAGAGGGAGACGAAGCCGAGGGUAAUGAGUGCUUGGUAACGAUGCCUGCAGAAGAUAAGAAAUGUGUGGAGCUUCGAGUGCCGACCACAUCAAGUUAUCAUUCACAGAAGAAUAAGGUGUUACGGAGCAAUGAAGAAGAUGCUGAGGAUGAGGUUAAGAAGUAUAAAUUUGACCAAUGUGUUUGGUCGUACGAUAAUAGAGAUGAGCAUUAUACGAGCAAUCGGGGGUUUUACGAUUCAAUUGGGCCGCGAGUGAUCCAAGAUCUUUUCCAGGGGUUCAAUAUGUGCUUGUUGGCAUACGGGCAGACGAGUUCGGGGAAAACGUAUACGAUGAUGGGGAGGCAGCAUGACGAAGGAUUGAUACCGCUUAUAGUGCGCGAUAUUCUUCGCUACAAAGAACGACUUGUUGGUGAGAGAAUCAACUGCGAGGUCAGGAUAUCGUACAUGGAGAUAUAUAACGAGCUGGUUAAGGACCUUUUGUGCGAAAGUGGCGAGCAAGGAACGAAGAAAUGCCGAGUGAGAGAACAUCCAACAAAGGGUCCAUACGUGGAGAAUCUUAAUGAGUAUCAGAUUGAGAAUUAUGGGGAUUUUCUCAGUUAUUUGACGAGAGGAAAUAGCCAUAGGUCGACCGCAUCCACAUCUAUGAAUGACAAUAGUUCGAGAUCGCAUGCCAUCAUUACUCUCUCUUUGAAACAAACCAAAUUUACUCAGGGCGACUCAGAAACAGACGGUGGAAUGGAUGCAGAUAAUAUGUAUAUCGGUGACGCAGAGGAAGAGAUGAUAUCAAAUAUCAAGCUUGUGGAUCUAGCAGGAUCAGAACGGUUAGCGAAAACCAAAGUCUUUGGACAACAAGAUAGAAUGAAGGAAGGUUCACUCAUCAAUAAAUCGUUGACUGUUCUUGGACGAUGUAUCAAUUUGUUGUCUAGCAACUCUUCUAACCCCAUGGUGAAACAGGCGGUAGUGCCAUACAGAGAUUCAACGUUAUCAUAUAUCUUGAAGGAGAAUUUGUCAGGAAAUUCAAAGAGUUUUAUGAUUUUCUGUGUUUCCCCAAUUGAUUUCGAAGAGAGUUAUCAAACGUUGAAUUAUGCAAAACAAGUAAAGAGAAUCAAGACGGCAGCAAAGGCAAAUAAGAUCAAAUUGACUGACACCGUGAUCGAUUGGAAAGAGAUCGAACAAUCGAAUGUCUCGGUUAUAGAUAGUUUGAGAGACGAGGUAAAAGAAUUAACCGAAAAAUUGAAUGAGUUACAGCUUGCAGAAAACACUUCGUCUAAUCUUGAUGGUGAUAAAUUCAGCAAACUCAUACUGUAUCUUGAAAGAGAGAUCAAUAAAGUGAACUUUGAGAACAAAUUCUUGAAGCGUAAGCUUAUUCUGAAAGACAGCGAAGUUGACGAAUUGCAAAACCACGUAAGUUAUAUGGAUAGGGAAUUAAUUGAAAUGGCUUACGAGAACAAAUCAUACAAAGACCAAUAUGGACUCGCAUCUAACAAGAAAUCGGCAGAUACAAUUCUAGGCAAGUGCAAUUUCCAUUUAGCACUCAUUGAAAGCGACCUAGAUGAGUUUGAUCCUAGAAAAGCAUUCUAG